GUUCGUCACAGCUCGCCGGGAGGUUCACGGACGGUGAGAGCAGCUGUUGACGCGCGGUGACAGAGAGCAUGGCCUGCCCAAUCGGAAAUGGAGCUUGCCCAGCCGGCGGUCAGAGCAAUGGCGAGGCUGCGGGUGCGGAGAAGGGCGAGAACUACUGGACCUACCUGCACCUGGACAAGAUCCUGUCGGCGCAGGCGCUGAAGAGCGGCGCAGCCGGCGCCGUCGUUCACGACGAGCAUCUCUUCAUCAUCGUGCACCAAGCAUACGAGCUGUGGUUCAAGCAGAUCAUUUAUGAAAUCGAUUCAGUUCGUCAGCUGUUCAUGACAGAGAAGCUCAACGAACGAAGGAUGCUGGACAUAAUCAAGCAAACCAACAGAGUUGUUUUGAUAUUGAAGCUGCUGGUGGGCCAGAUCGAGAUCCUGGAGACGAUGACUCCCCUGGACUUCCUGGACUUCCGUGACCACCUUAGCACGGCAUCGGGAUUCCAGAGCCUGCAGUUUAGACUGCUGGAGAACAAGCUUGGGCUGAAGAAGGAGUGCCGAGUCAAGACCAAGUCGGACUACUCUGCGCCGUACCACGACCACCCGGAGCUGAUGGAGCAGAUCCGCGACUCCGAGGAGCAGCCGUCGCUGGCGGCACUCGUCGAACGCUGGCUCGAGCGUACUCCUGGUAUCUCCGCCAAGGGCUUCAACUUCUGGGACCGCUUCCAGGGCGCCGUUAAGGCCAUGCUGAACGACGAACUGAAGGCCGCCCAAGCGGUCGCCAACGAGGCGCAGCGAAAGGAGGAGGUCGAGGCCGUCAACCGCCGCUCCGUCCUCUUCGACUCCAUCUUCGACGUGAAGCUGCACGACGCACUGCGCGCGCGCGGUGAACGCCGCUGGUCCCACGUGGCCUUCCAGGGCGCCCUCAUGAUCUCUUUCUACAGGAUGGAGCCACGCUUCAACCAACCCUAUCAGCUGAUCAAUCUACUCAUGGACAUCGAUGAGCUGCUCAUCAAAUGGAGAAAUAACCACGUGCAGAUCGUGCAGCGCAUGAUCGGCUCGCAGCAGGUGGGCACGGGCGGCUCGUCCGGCUACCAGUACCUGCGCGCCACCGUCAGCGACCGCUACAAGGUGUUCCUGGACCUGUUCAAUCUGUCGACGUUCCUGAUACCGCGCCAGUACGUGCCACCGCUCAGCCGCGCCAUGCAGUUCCGGCUCUCCCACUCCAUCUCGAUGGGCACGAGCGAGGCGCACGAGUUCCUCUGCGACGCCGGGCGCGACGACGACUCGAGCAGCGAGGAGGCAGAGAGCGCGCCGGGCCCGGUGUCGUAGCCGGCCGGCCGCGCGCGGGCGGGCAGCACCGUGGCGCGCGCUGGCGUCCGGCCGCCGCCACCGCCGCCGCCGCCCCGCCACCAUCGCCGCCGCCGACCCGCGGUCGGGCUCGGUGGCACAUCCGCCGACGCGGGCGCCCCGUCGGGACCAACUGACCACCCGCGACAGCAGACGUUGGUGACAGGAGAGGUUACGGUUUGAGUUCUGCUGCAUCGGGCACAAACGCCCUCGUACGCGUACGCACGGACGCAGUUACACGGCCACUUACGCGGGCACAAUACGCAUGCACACAGAUAUGCACCAUCGGUAGGCAUGGCAAUCUGUGCCCCCUGGGAAGCGUCUUCCAUUGUGCGCGGUGUGUUACAGGCAUACAGUCCUGGCAUGUCAGCGCAUCUUGCGGCUCUCACGGCCUGCAUCUUUAUGACAGAGCCUAGUGGGAUGACGGUGUGUGACAGCGGCCGGCUAUUGGCGAAGGUGUGCCCCGCGAUGCAUAACAGCGGCUGCCUAUCGGCGUAGGUGUGUUCCCGCGGUGUGCGCGUGUGUGUGGACGGGGCGCUCAUGCGCCUACCUGUCGCCGUAUAGACUUAGUGGACUGAGUUUGUGUGGUCCUAUCACUGAUAAUUUGCGCCCCAUCCCUAACAUUUCACGCUGGAUUCGUUCUGAUGCAAUGUGUUAUGUUCGAACCUGGCAAUUCAGUAUUCGUAUCGGAGGGCGCUUCGGGUUAUCGAAAACAUUCGCAAUGGUGCUACCAGCUGGCAUGAAUUUCCAUGCACAUACUAUGAUGCGCAUUUUGGUAAUACAAUCGUUGAGGGUGA